CACAGGGCUGCGCUGCAUGCCUGCCAGGACAAUAUUUUCUCAGAAUCUUAUGUGCUCAAGCGUAUGAAUAUCCUACACCGUACCCGUACUCGCCAAACCCGUUAGCAUAGAACUGCGGUGUUACCCGUAUCCGUGCAUUUCCCUAUCGACGAAGUAUCAUCACAAUCCUUAACGAUCGAAUAUGCAUUCUCAAAAUAAAUUCCUGGACUCCAGACCUAUCAAGCCUUGUCAUCCAUGUUAACCGUUUUUCUGUCCUGUUUCGUGACAUGCAGAUCCGAGAUUGUUGGCGUAAUGUCUGCAUUCCAGUCCCUAGCGAGCUUACGCCGGUCAUCAUGGACAUAUACGAGUUUGCCCUAGCGAGGUCCGAUGUAUGCUCUCACCAGUGGGAUACAACGACAGAGAAUUACUUUGCAUGUAGGAUAUGGAAACAAAUACAAGUGGAGAAAUACCAUCAACGUGUUUCACAGCAACAAGUUCCUGGUGGAACAGACACCAGAUUACCACCAGCCUUCUGGAAGUGCUAUAUAUAUGCGCUUCUGAUCUUAUUCACUGCAACAGCUGCUAUGUUACAUUGUGCGAGAGGUAUGAUUGCCGUGGAUCUUCUGAACCCCCACUCGCGCGGUGUACCGCACAUCCAAAUGAAGUGCUAUGUUUCCUAUACCUCGAGCAUCAAGAUUCUAAGCGGUUGGAGCAUUGUCCGCGGUACAACUCCUGGUGCUCCGCGAAGGAUCAGUAUUGGUCGUCCCGUUGACAUCGAGUCUAAUUCUUUCUUAUGGGUCGCCAGCCUAUAUUCUGCCUCCUUAUGGCCUACCAUAAUCACGAACGCGUUCACCCUCUCCAAGUACAAACUCUGCCGGGAAUGCGAACUACCCGGCUGGCGGACCUGCUCCAACAGUACAUGUUGGUCUGAUCAGAUCUGCCCGGAAUGCAUGUCUUUCUCCGAUGCCCGCGCUGCUAUCGGCCAUUCUGCAUCAGCUACUAUAUCGACCAAUGGAGGAAGUGUCGCCGCGUAAACCUGUGCUACGACUGCGCUGAAGAAAUGCCAGGUGCAGGCGAUGCAACGUUGGCUGAAGUUGCCUCGUCAUGUAUGAGCUGCGUGGAAGGUGUGCGAAGGCAUAGGAUUUAUUCAUGGUAGUGGAUGUAAAGUAA